AUGUGUUGUUUCUAUAUUGCAGCCGCUCAGCGCAUUAACUACGUGUCUCCACAUCGAGGAAGCAUCAAUGGCGCAACUCGACUCACCAUCUCAGGAAACGGUUUUGCCCAGGAGCGUCAGUUCCAGCUGAACCCGACAGACGACACGUUUGGGAACCGAGUGACUCUGGUGUCGGACACUCUGUCCGUCCCCUGUGACGUGGAGAGAGACUCGACACACGGAAGCCAGAUCCUGUGUUACACCAGGCCGAUGCCGAGCGGUCACUAUGUGGUCCGUGUGAGUGUGGACGGUGUUCCCGUUCCUGACAGCAACAUCUGCUACGGCGUGUACAAGUCAUACCACUGCAGCUUCUAUACUGUCUGGUAUCGCACCCCCACUAUCAAAUCCCUGAGUCCAGCCAGCGGCCCCCCAGGCUCGUUGGUGACGGUGCACGGACGCAUCUACACUGACGUGUACGGCAGCAACACGGCCGUCAGCUCCAACGGCCUCAACGUCAGAUUCCUGAGAUCCUACAUGGGAGGGAUGCCCUGCCAGCUGCUCAAACCAGAGUCAGAUGAACUAUAUAACCUACGACUGACUUCAGAAACUUCUCAUUGGGGAGAAAUGAGCUGCAAGAUGACAGGGACAUAUGUCGGGCAUCACAACCUCACUUACAUUCUGGACAGUGAAUUUGGAAGGAGUUUACCAGAGAAGAAUCUGUACAGGGUUUCAGCUCUGGGCAAACUCUCCAUGUUCCAGACUUUUGCAGAGGUGACAGGAGUCUCUCCAUCCAAUGGCAGCGUGGUGGGCGGGACCCUGCUGACCGUCCACGGCCGCUUCUUCGACCAAACCGAUCGCCCGGCACGUGUCCUGGUCGGAGGUCUGCCGUGUGAAAUCCAGAGUGUGUCUGACGUCAGAAUCACGUGCAGGACCCCUGAGCGCCUCAUCAGCAACGACUCAGGAGUCUACCCAGGUGGGCGCGGCUUGAAGAUGGAGGUGUGGAACAACACGCGACCCCGUUACCUGACCGACAUCUGGAACUACGACGACAACACGACGGGAUACUGGUGGCACUGGAUCGACUCCAUGCCGCACAGGUUCAAUUACUCACUGGAUCUUUUCACCUCGCGAUCCAGAGGCUUCUUCGUCCCUCCGGCCAGCGGCAACUACACCAUCUACCUGCACUGUGACGACAGGUGUGAGCUGUACCUGAGCAACUCCAGCCGCCCAGAGGACAAGGUUAAAGUUGCUUAUCAGCCAAAUUAUGUCUCAGACUUCUUCAAACUGGAGUCACAAAAGUCUGAGGUGAUGACGCUAGAGAAAGGAAAACCCUACUACAUGGAAAUACUUCAACAAGAAUAUGGCGGUCAGUCGAGUCUCAACCUCGGCUUGUUCCGAGAGGAGAGUUCCUUCACGGAGGACCAGACGAAAGAUGCUGUCAACGAGGUCCAGAGAAUCGUGGCUGAAUACGACGUGUUCGAUGAGGAACAGGUGGUUACCUUUGACUCGUGGCCCACCAAUGCUGCCGGAUUCAAAGAGGUCCAGAAGGUGAGCGUCAGCAGCAGCUGUGCCAGCCAUGUUUGUGGGAACACCUUCUUCAGCCUUGGCUACGGGGACGCAAAGACUGGACCAAUCCCAGUCAGCGCCUCAGCAGAGAUGAUGGAGGUUGUCUUGAACGACCUUUGGUCCAUCAAACCCGACACAGUUCAGGUCACCAAACAGGAUGACAGCCAAGGAUCUCACUACACAGUCACAUUCAACUCUGACAGAGGUGACUUUGAACCUCUUCACUAUGAGGUUUUUGGCUCUGACACCAACAUCACUGUCGUGGAGGUCACCAAGGGGAGGAGCAGCAUGGAGACUUUCACUCUGCUCUGGGGGGGCGUCCCCACAAAGCCCAUCGCCUACAACGCAACUGAGGCUGAGGUGCAGUCGGCUCUGGAGGACAUGAUGAAAGCCUGGUGUCCAGGUGAGAUCCUGACCACUGAAGGCACCACUGUGAAAUACUUCAAAGAUUUUGAAGAUGACAACUCUCAGUUUGCUGGUGCGACUCCUGAGGAAGGGACUCGUGUGAAACACUCUGGUUUCUGUGGCCUGUGGUCUCUGAAGAACGCUCAGGUUCUUUUCAAGGAAAGCUACAGGACAGAGUCCGGGGACGUUUACGGACCAGUGUCACUGGACCAACACUCCAUGCUUUGCUUCGCAUACAAGGGAAUGUUGAAGGAUGAAGUUGGAAUGAAGUUCACUUACCGCAACAGCGAAGGCGAAACCAAGACAGAGACGGCAAAGAUCAACACUCUCUUCACAAAGGGCCCAGAAUGGAGCUACAAGUGCGUGAACCUGCAGAGCUCUCUGCAGGCCGAGUACGUCGGGAGCGGAUACGAGCUGCUGGAGUUUUACCUCUACAAAGACGCCACCGGUGCCGAUUUCUACGUGGACGCUGUUCACAUUGGAAAGAGACCGACCACCAGUGAUGAAAAUGCUGUUCCCCACAGGAGGAGGCCCCCACCCUUUGAGAGCUCAGGCCGUUCCUUUGAGGUGAUCUCCGUCAACAAAGACACGUCAGCGGCUUCGCACAUGAGCUACGAGAUUAAGGCCACACCGGUGGAUUGUGCCUUUGGCUUCCCACUGCUAGGAGUUGGCUUCCUGCAGAUGUCCAACAGCAGCGAGGACACGGCUGAGUUCAGGGAGGGAGCAGCCACCGUCACCAUCGCUCGCCUCCACAGAGCCACGCCUCCUCUGAACGGCACCUUUGAUGUGGAGAUUUACGGAGGCCGAGCUGAAGGUCUGUCGGUGGACAUCAGUGAGAAGGACCUGAAGUACGCUCUGGAGGGGAUCGCGGGGAUGGGACAGGUCAGCGUCGCUGCGCAGGGAAGCUGCAGACGCCCCCAGUGGAGGGUGGAGUGGCUCACACAGCCUGGAGACCAGCCUCUGAUCCAGGUCGACAGCUCGUCAGUUGUCGGUGGAAACGCAGUGGUUUCAGCCCGUGAGAGGAAGAAGGGAGGGCUGCUGAUACGAAGCCUGACAGGAGAUUUUCUCCGUGUCUGGGAAACCAAACCACAGGUGGAGGUUUACAUCAACGGGAUUCCCUCAAAGUGUUCAGGUGACUGUGGGUUCGACUGGUCGGAGGAGAAGACUCCGGUCGUGUCUGGAAUCAGCCCGUCUCAAGGGUCUCACGGUCUGGGGACUCUGCUGACUGUCACCGGAACCGGCUUCAGCAGUGAAAACGCCUCCAUCACGGUGGGAGCGGCCAGGUGUCGUGUUGAACAGAUCACAGAGAGCGCUCAGGUGUGCAGGCUGGGCAGCGCCAGUGCAGGUACCUACCCUGUCUGGGUCAGCUUCCCCUCUCUGGGUGAUUCACGCUACGCAGGCGGCAACGCCCCCCGCUUCACCUACCAGCUCAUCGUUUCCUCUUUCUCCCCGGCGUCUGGGAGCGUGGCAGGAGGAACCCUGCUGACAGUGAGCGGCUUCGGCUUCAGCCUGAACGCCACAGUGACUGUUGGCAGCGAGGAGUGCACCGUGGUUCACGCCUCUGACUCUCAGCUGAAGUGCAGGACUCCAGCAGGAGCUGCAGGGUCGCACGCAGUGACGGUGAUGGUGGGAAACAUGAGUCAGAGCGCCAACAGCUCCUUCACCUACGAUAACAACCUCACACCACAGAUCUCAGCCAUGAGUCCCAGCACCACCACAGUCACAGGACGUCGCGUUCUCACCGUCCAGGGCUCGAACCUGGGCGGCCGAGACAACGACAGCGUCGUGCUCGUAGGCGGAGAGGAGUGCGUCAUCGUGGAGUGGACGGAGACGAACAUCACCUGUCUCCUCCCCGUGCUGCCGCCCGGUCUGCACAAGGUGGACGUACAGGUGGGAAACAACGGCUACUCCCAGACAAGCAACGGUGUGAACGGAACCAUUGAAUACAUCCUGGAGUUCUACAGCAUCUCUCCACUGUUUGGCUCUUUAAUGGGAGGAACCAGACUCACUGUGUCUGGCUCUGGUUUCAGCAACAACACCUCUGACAACAGAGUGUCUGUCGGAGAAGCUGCGUGUGAAGUGAAGGUCGCCUCGGAGAACGAGCUGCAGUGUGUGGUGCAGUCGGAGGAGAAGACCCACGUCGUCACCAACCAGGGCUCCCACCGCACUUAUGGACAGGGAUACGCGUGGAGUCCCGCCUCUCUCACGGUGUCUGUCGGCGACACGGUGACGUGGCGUUGGGAGGCGCCGGCCUUCCAGAGAGUGGGAUACCGGGUCUUCAGCGUUUCCAGCCCGAGUGGCACAACUUACGACGGGGGAGCGUUCACCAGCGGAGAGACUAAAACUGACAAAGGGUUGUUCAGCUACCGUUUCUCCUCCCCCGGUGUGUACUACUACAGCAGUGGAUACAUAGACGAUGCUGAAGUCAAGCUGCUGCAGGGAGUCGUGAAGGUGGAGCUUCGGGAGGAGAAGAGCAGCAGGGUGUCCAUCAGCGUGGGAGGGGUGGAGGCCAGAUACGUGAUGGGAGGUUCGCGUCGUGUUGCCAGAUCGGCCCAACAGUGCGUCGCCUCCCCGCAGUGCCGACAGACCAAUCACACUUCAGACGGCCUCUCCUUCAGCACCUCCUCCUGCUCCACCCCGACGGUCCGCUCCAUCUCCCCCAACCAGGGCUCGCACCACACGGUCAUCCACAUCCAGGGCGAAGGCUUCAGCGACGUCGCCUGCGCUCACGAGGUGACGGUGGGAGAUCAGCCCUGUCAGGUGAUCAACAGCUCUCACUCUGACAUCACCUGCCGCCUCAGCCCCAGCAGCGGACUCCCCGUCGGCGUCGCCCUCCCCGUGGCCGUCAGGAUCAACAACCUGGGCAGCGCCAUCAUCGCCGUGUCGGACGAGCUCGGCCGCCGGUUCGUGGUUCUGCCCGUGGUGGACUCUGUCUCGCCUCCUGUCGGCAGCGCCACCGGCCACACGAGGCUCCACAUCCACGGCUCCGGUUUCUCUGAGGGUCAUGUGACUGUCGCCAGCGAGCCCUGCGCCCUCGUGUCGGUCAACUACACCUACAUCAUCUGUGACACCUCUCCUUCUCCGCCACUCACCGGUGACGUCGUCUUCCACGUGGGCAGGAUCCGAAGCUCCUGUCACUCAAACUGCUCCUUCAUGUUCUCUUCCUCCGUCACUCCGUCCGUCACCAGCGUCUCCCCCGACAGCAUCGCCGGUCUCAGCACGGUCAACAUCUCCGGCUCAGGGUUCGGCAGCCGCGUGGACGACGUGGCGGUUUUCGCCAGCAGCAUCGAGCUGGAAGUCACCGCCGUGACCAGCGGGAACAUCUGGGUGAGAGUUGACGGUCUGCCCGCGGGCGAACACCCGCUCAAAGUCAUCGUGAGAAGCAAAGGCCUCGCAUCGGGUCCCGCCGCCCUGAUCAGCCGAGCCCAGGCCGACCUGAGCCCCGGCGUGGGCAGCCUGGCCGGAGCAACCCCGCUCGUCCUCACGGGAAACGGCUUCGCUCCGGGGAACACCAGCGUCACGGUUGGCGGGAAAAGCUGCGACAUUCAGGAAGUGACUCCGAGUCGUCUCCGCUGCCUGACGCCUCCUCACAGCGAGGGGCUGGUGAGCGUCAACGUCCAGGUCUUCUCCGCAGAGUAUCCUCCUCUCAACUUCACCUACGCUGCCGCCCACACCCCCAUCAUCAGCUCCAUCAGCCCCCCCACAGGGCCGAGCGGUUCGGUCGUCACGCUGACGGGCUCGGGCUUCGGCUCCGACCCUCAGCUCGUCUCCGUCUCCGUGAACCACGUGUCCUGCAACGUGUCCACGGUGUCCGACACGCAGGUGCAGUGCACUGCAGGAGACAACCCGGGGGGGGCCUACCCGGUCGUGCUGCAUCACCGGGUCAAAGGUCGCGCCCAGUCAGACGUCGUGUUCACAUAUGAGCUGACUCUCAGCGGCGUGCAUCCCAACGAGGGGAGUUUUGGGGGCGGAGCUCUGCUGUCCGUCCGGGGUUCUGGUUUCGACCCGCACAACUCCACCGUGACGAUCUGCGGGGAGGAGUGUGAAGUCCACAGAGACGUGUCCACAUCGACCCGUCUGUACUGCCAGUCUCCAUUCAACAACAGCACUGAGUCGGAGCUGAGCUGCGUGGUCGCCGUCAUGAACCCGCUGGACGGCGUCAACGUGUCGAGUGGCUUCACCUACAGAUCCCAGCUGACUCCUGUGAUCUGGGCGGUGUCUCCGGGCAGAGGAGGCACAGCUGGAGGAACCCGGCUCACCAUCAGCGGCUCCGGUUUCAGCACGAACAUGAAUGACAUGAACGUGACCAUCGCGGGGUCAGUGUGUGACGUCCAGUCCACCAACAACACACACAUCAUCUGUGUGACCAGCGCUCAGGGACGGUCGCAGGAAACCAAAGUGCGAGUCAGCGUCGGAGACCGAGGCAUCGCCAAGAUGGAGAACGCUGAUUUCUUCUACAUUGACGUGUGGUCGUCCAGGUUCACGUGGGGGGGGCUGUCUCCGCCUGAGAAGGGCUCGUUCGCCGUCAUCACGAAAGGCCAGACCAUCCUGCUGGACACGAGCACGCCUGUGCUCAAGAUGCUGCUGAUUCAAGGAGGGACGUUAUUGUUUGAUGAAGCCGACAUCGAGCUGCAGGCGGAAAACAUCCUGAUCACGGACGGCGGGCGGCUCCAGAUCGGCCAGGAGGGGGCGCCGUUCCAGCACAAAGCCAUCAUCACGCUUCACGGAAACCUGCGCUCUCCUGAACUUCCUGUCUAUGGAACCAAGACGCUGGCGGUCAGAGAGGGAGUGCUGGACCUCCACGGUAUUCCUGUUCCUGUCCCCUGGACCCACCUGGCCCAGACUGCGACCAGCGGCGCCGCCACUCUGACUCUGAUGAAGGCGGUGACCUGGAAGUCCGGAGACGAGAUCGUCAUCGCCUCAACCGGCAACAGACACAGUCAGAGAGAGAACGAGGUGAGGAGGAUCGCCUCCGUGUCGGCGGACGGAAAGACUCUCACCCUGAACGAACCGCUGAAGUUCACUCACCUCGGGGUGACGGUCACGCUGCCGGACGGCACGGCGUUCGAGGGCCGAGCCGAGGUGGGUCUCCUCACCAGGAACAUCGUGGUGCGAGGAUCCCGACACCAAGAGUGGAGCGACAAGAUCAAAGCGUGUCCCGACGGCUUCAACACAGGUGAGUUCGCCACACAGACCUGUUUCCAGGGAAGGUUUGGAGAGGAGGUCGGCAGCGAUCAGUUCGGAGGCUGCAUCAUGUUCCACGCUCCCAGGCCCAAUGAGAAUCUUGCCAUUGGCCGACUGGAAUAUGUGGAGGUCUUCCACGCAGGACAGGCCUUCAGACUGGGGCGUUACCCCAUCCACUGGCAUCUGAUGGGGAACAUCGACUACAAGUCGUACGUGCGGGGCUGCGCCAUCCAUCAGACCUACAACAGAGCCGUGACCAUCCACAACACCCACCGGCUGCUGGUGGAGCGCAACGUCAUCUACGACAUCAUGGGCGGGGCCUUCUUCAUCGAGGACGGCAUCGAGACGGAGAACAUCCUGCAGUACAACCUGGCCGUGUUCGUCAAGCAGAGCACCAGCCUCCUGAACGACGACGUCACGCCCGCCGCCUACUGGGUCACCAAUCCCAACAACAUCAUCCGCCACAACGCCGCCGCGGGGGGCACCCACUUCGGCUUCUGGUACCGCAUGCACGAGCACCCCGACGGCCCAUCCUACGACCCGAACAUCUGCCAGAAGCGCGUUCCCCUCGGCGAGUUCCACAACAACACGGUGCACUCUCAGGGCUGGUUCGGCCUCUGGAUCUUUAAAGACUUCUUCCCCAUGAAGAACGGAGGCUGCCGCUCCAGGAGCCCCCAGCCCGCCGUCUUCAAUACCCUCACCACCUGGAACUGCGAGAAGGGCGCCGAGUGGGUCAACGUGGGCGCCGUCCAGUUCAACGGCUUCGUCAUGGUCAACAACGAGAAGGCCGGCAUCGAAGCCAAGCGCAUCUUCCAGUGGGCGGUGUCCAGCUUCGGAGAGGAGGGAGGUGCGACGGUGUCCAACAGCACGAUCGUGGGACACGUGGACGAGCUCGCGCUGGGAGACGACUACUGCACGCGCCUCGGUGUCAUCACGCCGUUUGACGACGGCAUGAGCGUCCUGAACACCAAGUUCCUCAACUUCGACCGCAGCUCCUGUGCGGCCAUCGGGGUCACCACCAUCGACGGCACAUGCGGAGAUCGCUGCGGCGGCUGGGCCGUCAGGUUCAGUGGCGUCCAGUACGUGAACUCCCCCAACAAGGCCAAGUUCAGGUGGGAGCACGAGGUGCAGCUGGUGGACACGGACGGCUCCCUCACAGGAAAGGUCGACCACAAAGUCGUGCCCAUGAGCCCCCUCCUGGACCCCGCCCACUGUUCCCAGAGUGCCGAGUGGAGCGUGGGUUUCCCCGGAGCCGUGUGCGACCACACGGUCGACUUCCAUCGUCUGUCUUUCAACAAUCCCUCACCGACCUCCCUGAAGGCCAAAGAUGUCAUCCUAACCAACUCACACGGCAGCAGCGUGGUUCCCUACCUGAAGAAGAGGAUGACUCAUAAGUUUGGCUGGAUGGCCCUGCUGCCUUCUGGGAAAACGUACAACUGGUACUUUGACGAUAUGGAUCACAUCACCAACAUCACUUACAGUGCAAAGUUCUACGGCUUCGAGUCGGAUCAAUACGUGAUCAUCAACCACAACUUCACCCAGAGUCCAGACCGGUUCCAGGUCAUCGAUGAGAGGAACGGCUCCUCGACGGCGCUCAGCUUCAGCGGAAACGACAACGGGGACUGGUUCUUCGACGACGGCUCCAACAACCUCUACUACAUCGUCUCUGGGAAGACGGACGAGCGGCGGCGGCGGCGUAACAGCGUGGACCGCUCCAUGCUCGAUGUCCAGAUAAACUUCAGGGUUUACCGCUGCUUCUUCCCCAACUGCAUCCCGCCACCUCCCCCGCCUCCAGCCACACUCGCCCCCUUACCCAGCGGCCGGCCGGACAACUUCAUUCUCUGGUCCAACGCCUCCUUCUGGGAAAGUUCGGCUGAAAAUAACUUCACUGCACCAGCAGAGGGCGCUGACGUGGUCGUCCCAUCAGGGAAGUGGGUCGUUCUGGACGGCGACACCCCCCCCCUCAACAAGCUGACGGUGAUCGGCGUUCUGGAGAUCCCCGACGCCGCGAACAGCUCGUCCACCAGGAAGAGCCGUUCUGCUCCAGAGUCCGACACUGUGGUGAUCGACGCCGUUUACGUCUCCAUCCAGGGAGGACGGCUGCUCGCAGGGCGGGAGGACGAGCCCUUCAGAGGUCGACUGCACAUCAAGCUGAGAGGGAACCACCGCACUCCAGACUGGCCUCUGCCCAACGGACCCAACCAGGGGUCCAAAGUCCUGGGCGUGUUUGGUAAACUGGAGCUGUACGGACAACCUCACGCUGUUUACCACACCAAACUCGCCGCCACCGCCAAGGCCGGGUCCAACACGCUGACCCUGGUGCGGCCCGUCGACUGGCAGGUCGGAGACGAGGUCGUCAUCUCCACCAGCGGCUACAGCGCCUGGGAGACAGAGAAACGCCAGAUCACCGCCGUGUCAUCAGACGGCCGCGCCCUGACCCUGAACCAGCCGUUGACCCACGCUCACAUCGGUGAGACUCACUCUGUCUCGGGAACGUCUGUCUCUUACUCUCUGGCGGCUGACGUCGGCCUCCUGAGCAGAAACAUCAGGAUCGAGGGUGAGGAGUACCCCGACAUGAUGAAGGAGUCGUUUGGAGCCAGACUGCUGGUCGGGUCCUACUCCUGGGCUGGAAUCGAUUACAAAGGAAAAGCUCAGAUCAGGAACGUGGAGUUCUUCCGCUCUGGUCAGGAGGGCUGGACCGACGACACCGACCCCCGCUACUCUGUGGCCUUCCUCAACCUGGGAGAGGUUUCAGGAGGAGACUCGUACAUUCAGGGCUGCUCCUUCCACGACGGCUUCUCUCCUGCCAUCGGCGUCUUCGGGACUGAAGGUCUGAGCGUCGACGAUAACGUCGUCCAUCACACUGUGGGAGAAGGCAUCAGGAUCUGGGGCGACAGGAUCACGGUGAGGAGGAACCUGGUGACGAUGUCGCUGUGGCCCGGGUCGUACCAGGACAGAGAGGAGCCCUUCAACUUCGCCUGGAACGCCGCCAUCGAGGUCAACGAGGGGACCGAUGUGGUUCUGCAGAAUAACGUCGUGGCGGGUUAUGAGCGAGUGGCGUAUCGCAUCGAUGGUGAACCGUGCCCAGGUUAUUCGAACGGGAACGAGAAGUGGAUCCAUAACGAGGCUCACGGCGGUCUGUACGGCGUUUACCUGAACAAAGACGGUCUGCCCGGCUGCAGCCUCAUCCAGGGCUUCUUCCUCUGGAGGAACUUCGACUACGCCGUCUACUUCCAGACCAUCAUGAAAGUCGUGGUUUCCAACGUGACCCUGGUGGACAACGGGAUGGGCGUCAUGCCGCUCGUCUACGCUCCUCCUUCUGUCUCCCACGCUUUCGCCGAUAAACCCGUCCACGUCCAGAAUGCCUUGAUCGUCGGCAGCAGCCCGAACUUCAACUGUUCAGACGCUCUGCCGACCGGCGACUUUAACAUCGCCAGCAGUGAUCUGCACCGAGCGCCGCGACCUCUCAACGGAGGCAGAUCUGGAAUCUGUUGGCCCACUUUUGGAUCUUCACACAACAAAGCUCCAACAAAGCCCCACCAUGGCAACAACAACUACAACGCCAUCAAGGGACUGAUGACGGUCAACGACACGAUGUUUGUGGGCUUCAGGAACGUCUGCUCCGGCGAGACGAACUUCAUGUUCAUGACCAACCCGCUCAACGAGGACCUGCAGCACCCGGUGCAGGUCUCAGGAACACAGAUGAUUGACAGCACAGAGGACGCUCAGGUGUUUAUCCACCGGCCUGAUGUGAGUAAAGUGAACCCCGCUGACUGCGUGGACAUGGACUGCGAUGCCAAGAAGAAGAGUCUGCUGAAGGACUUGGACGGGUCGUUCCUGGGAGCCGUGGGAGCCGUGGUGCCUCAGUCUGAGUACGAAUGGGGGGGUGAUCCGAGGAGGGGGCUGGGCGACUACCGCAUCCCCAAAGUCAUGCUCACCUUCCCCAACGGCAGCCGCAUCCCCGUGAACCAGAUCGCUCCACGCAAAGGUGUGAUCAGGGACACCUGCACCUACGUGAGCUCCUGGCAGAGCUACAAGUGUUUCAGGCUGAACUACAGGAUGCUGGUGAUCGAGAGUCUGGACUCCGACACAGAGACCAGACGUCUGUCCCCCGUCGCCGUGCUCGGAGACGGAUUCGUGGAUCUCAUCAACGGCCCUCAGGACCAGGGCUGGUGUUCAGGCUACACCUGCCAGAGGAGAGUGUCUCUCUUCCACAGCAUCGUGGCCACCGGUCGCUCCUUCGACGUCUUCUUCAGCAGCGUCAGUCCUCAGAAACUUCGCCUCAUGAUGCUCAACGCCGAUCCAUCGGAGAGCGUCGUGGUGUCAGUCUUCUACUCCAACCCGCAGCGGCUCGAUGUUUACGUCGACAACAAGCUGGUCGCUCCGACGAACGCUGAGUGGAACUCUGACAACACCGACUACACCAUGAAGAAGCCUGUCUACGCAGGUCAGUACGUCCCUCAGCUCAACGCCUCCUUGGGCACAAACUUCUUCGACCAGGACUACAAGAUGCUGAAGGUUUUACUCAGAGGCUCCAAACCCGCGGAGAUCAGAACCUCCCCGGUUCUCGUCCUGGCCUUCGACCUUCCCGCCAUGACCGAGGAGGAGUUCUUCGGAGACGGCCUGGUCCAGAACCUCGCCACGUUCCUCAAAGUUCCUCCAAACAUGAUCCGGAUCACCAACAUCGUCCGGGAGGACGGAGGCGCGCGGCGCAGGAAGAGAUCGACGGGCCUGAAGGUGGAGGUGGAGAUCAAGAAGCCUCCGGUCCAGGAAACCACCAACAGCACCAGCGAUGAGGAAGACUUCGCUCUGCUGAAGAACAUCGCUGAUGAUCUGGGUCAGGCGGCAGUUUCCGGAAACCUCAGUCAGUCCAUCGGCUUCAACGUCUCCUCGAUGGGCGUCAUCCCUCCUCCUCCUCCGUCAUCCGACCCCAGCUGGAACGAGGUGGCCAAAAAGGAGGUGACGAGGGAGGAGCCUGAGGUGAGUUUCGUGUCCGGCGUUUCCCGCCUGGUGCUGAUGACGGAGCCGCUCGCCGGGGAGUUCGUGGGUCCGCUGUCCCAGCAGCCCAGUGUGAUGGCUGUGGACGAGCAGGGUGACUGCGUCUCUGUGGGAGUGACGUCUCUCACCGUCACGGCCAGUCUGAAGGACGCAGGUGGAAACAUGACGGACGGACUUGGAGGAAACACCACCCUCCUGUUCAGCACCUGCUGGGCCAACUUCACCGACCUGUCCGUCCUCAACAGCGGUGAGAACCUGACCAUGGUCUUCACUCUGAAGGAGUGGGGCGCCAAGUCUCGAUCCUUCAGCGUCAAAAACACCCCGACCACCGUGACGCCGUCGACCAGCAGCAGCGUCACUGUCCCGUCCACCUCCACUUCCGCCUCCACCUCCACCUCCACUUCCGUACGGUCCACCACCGACGACAGCGUCUUCAGCUCCAGCAGCGCCGUGUCCGCCGGCAGCCUGUGUCUUGUCAGCGCCAUCUACGCCGUGGCGUGCUGCUCGGACAGGAUCCCCGUCUGUUAG